AUGGCACUCGCAACUCUGGGCAUCCUUUCUAUCGGAGACGUAAGUUUGCUUCUUCCGAGGUAGGACGUACAGCUCUGCUAACGAACCUAGAUGGGCCUUGGGGUUGCUCGGUUGCUCCUCAACAACAAUUUUAGAGUCAUCUCUAACGCUUCGGACCGGGGGUACGUCUUCCCCUCGAGCCGCGUCAUCGGUAUUCAGCUGUUGAACCGACCGUGAAGUCAAGCGACGCAGGAUCGGGCCAAGAAAAACGACGUCGAUCUGGUGUCGACGGAUGUUGAGCUAUGCAACAAUGCCGAUUAUAUCCUCUCAAUCGUGCCCCCCCGAGACGCGAUCGCAACCGCCCAGCGCAUUGCAACUGCUGCAUCAAGCAUAGGCUCCAAGGCUCGCGCAAACCCACUGUACUUUCUAGACCUGAAUGCCAUCAGCCCUCGAGCGGCUCGCGAAAUCGACGACAUUCUCUCUCAAAGGUCUUCCAAUGUCCGCUUCAUUGACGGCGGUAUCAUCGGAGGACCACCCAAGAAGAAAGACGACGGCAACUGGUAUCGACCUAGCAUCCCAACCUCUGGCCCUCAUCGUCUUUCAGAAGCGCAGCCUCAUGGCGGCAAGCUCGCUGAAACACUCAACAUCAAGCACGUCAACGAUGACAUCGGCUCAGCAUCCGGAUUGAAAAUGUGUUUCGCCAGCAUGAGCAAAGGGUUUACGGCAAUAGCAAUCUCGUCAUUCACGACAGCACACAAUCUCGGAGUGCUUGGCCACCUGAGAGCAGAAAUGGACGAACAUGCACCAGGAAACAGGGCGCGAGCGGAGAAGAGCCUGACCGCUAUGCCCCCUAAAGCUUACCGCUGGGUCAACGAGAUGGAAUAUAUCGCGGAGACGUUCGAGGCCGAUGGAGGUUUCUCGAAAGAUGAAUCGCCAUUCCGUGAUUUUGCGAGAAUUUAUGACCUGGUGGCGAAUGGGACAGAACUGGGAAAUGAAGUCACCGAGGGCCGGAAACGGGGAACCAACGCUGACGAUGUUGCCAAGUUGGUCGCAGAAGGUACAGAGAGGAGAAAGUUGAAGGAAGAUUAG